AUGGUGUGGUACAACCUGGGGGCAGACGCAGCGUGCCGGGAGAUCUCCACGCGCCGGGCGAGGCGUCCCGGCCCUGCCCGGUGCGGCGGGAGCGGUAGGGGCCGGCCCCGCGCCCAGCGCCGUCUCCCCUCGUUGCAGGGCUCCUCUCACCUGCCGCAGCAGCUGAAGUUCACCACCUCCGACUCCUGCGACCGCAUCAAGGAUGAGUUCCAGCUCCUGCAGGCCCAGUACCACAGCUUGAAGUUGGAAUGUGACAAACUAGCCAGUGAGAAAUCGGAGAUGCAGCGUCACUACGUCAUGUAUUACGAGAUGUCCUACGGGCUGAAUAUUGAAAUGCACAAACAGGCUGAAAUCGUCAAGCGGCUAAAUGGGAUUUGUGCGCAGGUUCUGCCCUACCUUUCGCAAGAGCAUCAGCAGCAAGUCCUGGGAGCCAUUGAACGAGCCAAGCAGGUUACGGCACCAGAACUGAACUCCAUCAUCCGUCAGCAGCUUCAAGCUCACCAGCUGUCGCAGCUUCAAGCCCUCGCUCUGCCUCUGACUCCGCUCCCCGUGGGCCUCCAGCCCCCGUCCCUCCCUGCUGUCAGCGCCGGCACCGGGCUCCUCUCGCUCUCAGCCUUGGGCUCCCAGGCUCACCUCUCCAAGGAGGACAAGAAUGGCCACGACGGGGACGCCCACCAAGAUGACGACGGGGAGAAAUCGGAUUAGAGUGAAUAGGGGGCCGGGGGGAGGGG